AUGAAGCCCCGAUUACAGGUCGGCCGCCUGCUGGGCACCCGCUCCUACGCGACGAAAGUAACACCACGCAAGCCCAUGCCCGCCGAGCGGCCGCCCCAAAAGUACGCAGACCCGCUGGCGAGCAGCCCCGUCGCCGUCGCCACGGCGCUGCCGGACAACCUGACCUUCAUCCACCGCCCGCCGCCGUCCGCGCCCUCGCCGCACUCGUACACGACGCUGCCGGCCUCGCCGCUGCUGCGCCCGCCGGCGGGGCACAGCGCGCAGGGCGUGCCGCCGCACAUCCGCCCGUCGGCGAAGAAGACGCCGCCGCCGCGCAUGAGCGACGAGGACCUGACGGAGCUGAAGAGGUUGAGGUAUGCAGACCCGAAGACGUGGACGCGCGCGGCGCUCGCGAGGAAGUUUAAUUGCACGAAGCAGUUUGUCGGGCUGGUGACGUGCUUGCCGAAUACGGUGCGUAAAGAGAUCAAGGCGGUCAAGGCGGUCAAGGACGAGGAGAAUAGGGAGAAGUGGGGUCCCAGGAGGAGGAUGGUGAGGGAAAUACAGAAGGAGCGCCGGGCGUAUUGGUAGAGGUCGUAUUAUGGCCUGUGCUACCGCUCCCAGAUUUCAUAUCGCAUAAUCGUACUUGCUUGUAUACUCUUCCAGUACGGAAGAACAGUCACGCAUCCACAUCCUCCGCGACCCUCAGGUCCUCACACCCUCCCCCACUCCUCCACCUCGCAAUCCCAAACCGAUGGUUCACCCCCUCCAGCCUCGGGAGACACGCCACGCCGCCACACCCGCCCGUCUUCUCCAUAGCAUACAGGUACACUACCUCCUUGACCCGCGAAUGUAAUAGCGCCAUGCUGCACAUGAUACACGGC